AUGGCUCCCGGAGAGAAGAUCAAAGCCAAAAUCAAGAAGAAUCUUCCUGUGAGAGGCCCACAGGCACCCACCAUUAAAGACCUGAUGCAUUGGUACUGCAUGAACACCAACACCCACGGGUGCCGCCGCAUCGUGGUGUCCCGUGGCCGCCUCCGGCGCCUCCUCUGGAUCCUGUUCACACUGACUGCAGUGGCCCUCAUUAUCUGGCAGUGUGCCCUCCUCAUUGCCUCCUUCUAUACUGUCUCUGUCUCCGUCAAAGUCCACUUCCAGAAGUUAGAUUUUCCUGCUGUCACCCUCUGCAACAUCAACCCCUACAAGUAUAGUGUUGUACGUGACCUUCUGGCCGACUUGGAUAGGGAGACCAGAAAGGCUUUGAAGACGCUGUUUGGCUUUUCAGAGGUUACGUCUCGCAAACGCCGUGACACCGAGUCUGAAAAUCCAGCCCAGAAAGGUAUUCAGCCCAAGUUCCUCAACACGAUCCCACUGCUGGCCUUCAAUGAGAAUGAGAAGGGCAAGGCCAGGGAUUUCUUCACUGGCAAGAAGCGGAAAGUCAGUGGGAACAUCAUUCACAAGAGUUCCGAUGUCAUGCAAGUCCACAAGUCUAAAGAAACAGUGGGAUUCCAACUGUGUCCCUCCAAUGAUACCACCAACUGUGCCACUUACACCUUCAGCUCAGGCGUCAAUGCCAUCCAGGAGUGGUACAAGCUGCACUACAUGAACAUCAUGGCUCAGGUGCCUCUGGAGAAGAAAAUCAACAUGAGCUAUUCUGCGGAGGAGCUGGUGGUCACCUGUUUCUUUGACGGGAUGUCCUGCGAUGCCAGGAACUUCACGCUUUUCCACCAUCCCAUGUACGGAAAUUGCUACACGUUCAACAACAGAGAGAAUGAGACCACGCUCAGCACCUCCAUGGGGGGCAGUGAGUACGGGCUACAAGUCAUCUUGUUCAUAGAUGAAGAGGAAUACAACCCCUUCCUGGUGUCCUCCACUGGGGCUAAGGUGCUUAUUCACCAGCAGAAUGAAUAUCCCUUCAUUGAAGACGUGGGAACAGAGAUUGAGACUGCAAUGUCCACUUCCAUAGGAAUGCACCUGACAGAGUCCUUCAAGCUGAGUGAGCCUUACAGCCAGUGCACAGAGGAUGGGCAUGACGUGCCAGUUGAGAACAUCUACAACGCUUCCUACUCCCUCCAGAUCUGCCUUUACUCGUGCUUCCAGACAAAGAUGGUGGAGAAAUGUGGGUGCGCCCAGUACAGCCAGCCCCUACCUCCGAAUGCCAACUACUGCAACUACCAGCAAAACCCUGACUGGAUGUAUUGUUACUACAAGCUGUACCAAGCCUUUGUUAAUGAAGAACUGGGCUGCCAAACAGUGUGCCGCGAAACAUGCAGAUUUAAGGAAUGGACGCAAACCAGCAGCCUGGCCCAGUGGCCAUCUGAAGUUUCAGAGAAUUGGUUGCUACGUGUUCUUACCUGGGACCAACGCCAGCAAACAAACAAACAGCUGAACAAGACAGACUUGGCCAAACUCUUGAUAUUCUACAAAGAUCUGAACCAGAGAUCCAUCGUGGAGAGCCCAGCCAACAGCAUUGAGGUGCUUCUUUCCAACUUUGGCGGCCAGCUGGGCCUGUGGAUGAGCUGUUCCGUUGUCUGUGUCAUUGAGAUCAUCGAGGUUUUCUUCAUUGACUUCUUCUCUAUCAUUGCCCGCCGCCAGUGGCAGAAAGCUAAGGAGUGGUGGGCCAGAAAGAAAGCACACCCGGGCCCUGAGGCUCCCCCCAGCCAGCAAGGCCAGGACAAUCCAACCCUCUAUAUAGACGAGGACCUGCCCACUUUCACCUCGGCUCUGCACCUGCCUCCAGCCCUAGGGGCCCAGGUGCCCGGCACACCGCCCCCCAAAUAUAACACCUUGCACUUGGAAAGGGCCUUCUCCAACCAGCUCCCAGAUACUCAGGUGCCCAGUGAG